GCGGAUGGCGGAGCGGGGGCUGCCGGAGCGGCGCGCGGAGGACUGGGCCGUCGCUUACCAGUACCUGUCCGGCGACGUGCGGUCCCUGGCCGUGGUCCACCAGGCCGCCCUCGCCAUGGCCUCCGACACCAGCGAGUUCGUCACCGUGCUCGCGGCCGCGUGCGCAGGCGCGGGCGUGACGCUCGUCGCCGGCAGCGUGACAGUCGCUCAGCCAGAGCUCGAAGUCCUGGCGCGGCCCCUCGCUCCGCCGAACGGGCCGGAGACGACGCCGCCAGAGGAGGAGGAGGCCUCCCUCCGCUUCUGCUUCCUCGUGUGGAACCUGGACCUGGGGCUGCUGCGCCAGGGCGGCCUCGAGCCGGCCGCGGAGGAGGCGAUUCGGACCGCGGUGGCCACCCACGCGGGCACCGGUGUCUCGGCCAGCGCGGCGCUGACGCAGCCAUCCCCGGGCGCGGUGGCGGUGGACGUGGCCCUGACGGACGUGGCGUCCACGGUGUCCGCGACAUGGUUCGCCGUGAGCUCCUCCGAGGAGCCGUUCCUGCUGGCCGUGGUGGGCAGCCUGAGCGGCGUGGCCGGCAUCCACGUUGCCACGACUGCGGACCUCCGCGCCGGCGACGUCCGGAGCGGCGCCGCCUCCUGCGCGGGCCCACCCGCGGCGGCCGCGCUCGCCCCCGCGGGCGCAGAGGCCGGCGAGGCAGAGGCGGGGCCGGCGGUCGCCGCCGUGGGCGGCGCCGCGAUCUGCUGCGCAGGCCUCGUGCUCGGCCUCUGCGCCGGAGCUCAGUGCCGGCGCGGGGCCAAGAGGUAUGGCCCCGGCGUGGACCUGCCCAGCGGAGCGAGCUUCGCCAUCUCGGAGCCAGUGAUUGUCCAUCCGGACAGCGCCGGCAACGUGGCGGUUGGGGGGCGCGUGGUGGCGCGCUCCGCCAGCAAGGCCUCGAGUGCGAGCGCGGGCAGCGGUGUCGGCGUCAAGGCUCGCAGAGAGCGGCUGGACGCGAACCCGCAGGGCGUCGGCAGCAGGAGGAGCGUGCGGGUGGCGACGAUGGGCAUCGAGGUGCCAGUGGGUGUUCGCGGUGGCCAGCUGGCGAAUGCGGCGACGCCCUACGGGAACACAGUGCGCUUCAUCGUCCCCGAGCAGGCCAAGCCCGGAGACACCAUCAGCGUGAGCUACGAGGUCCCCGACCACGUGCCUGUCAAGUUCGACGAAGAAGAGCUGUUCACCUACAGCACAUGCACAGCGCUGACUUGGCCCAUGUACUGGACCAACAUGCGGCACGCCAACAACCUCGCGUUCGACCAGAUGUUCUACGUGCAGACGGAGCUCAACUGGGUCUUCCAGCAGCUGCUCCAGAGCACCUACGCCCGCCGGGUGACGCAGGACCGCCCGUGCCCCACCGGGAGGUGCCCGCCGACCAAGGGGGGCUGUCCCUGCGUGCGACCCGGUGGGACUCCCGGCCUUCCCACCGGCUACCACGUGCGGCGCGUCGUUCGCGUCGAGGACUCACGGCUGUGGAGCAACUACGCGGGCAGGCGGAACGUGAUUCGCCGGAGGCGCGGCGCGGACCUGCCGCUUCCUCGCCCAGAGCCGCCGGUGAGGACGGACGAGCUGACCCGCGCGCACCCGGAGGUCUUUGAGCCCCUCGACAGCAGCAUCAACGAGCUCUACUUGUGGCACGGCACUUCUGUGAGGAAGGCGUUGUCCAUCGCGCAGACCGACUUCGACAUGGCGCUGGCUUCCCGUAACGGCGGCGGCAUGUACGGCAAUGGGGCCUACUUCGCCGAGAGCAGCACAAAGGCGGACGAGUACUCGCUGGACGAGCCCGGCGGCCACUUCGAGGGCAUCCACGCCCUCCUGCUGUGCCGGGUCUGCAUGGGCCGAUUCUACUACACGACCGCCCGCGACGAGCAGGUGGCCGCGGAGGUGACGAGCAGCGAGCCGGGCAGGGGCGAGUACGACAGCAUCUUCGGCGACCGCGAGGCGUCCGUGCGCACCUUCCGGGAGUUCGUCGUCUACGACGCGGCGGCGCUGUACCCGGAGUACAUCGUCCUCUACACUCGCGAGCACCAGCACGACAAGAGG